AAUUAUGCAAUAUAAAGCAUUCCUUCUAAUCCAUUUUUGUUGCUUUGGUGACAGAAUGGAGCACUGAACAUUCUCAGAAUGCUUCAAGACCUCAAUGGCUAGGCCUGGAACCAGGUCUUCAAACGGUACGGUUUGACAGCCUCUUUAGCUCCGGAAAAUGCGGUGCCUUCCCAUUGACUCCGUCGCCCUUUCUUCUUCUAGCCAACUCUGGCCUGGCUUAUGGCCAUAUCGUUCCUGUUCUUUCCUCUUUUGGUCCGGCCUAUGGCGGUGUCGUGCCUUCCAAUUACCCCCGUUCUUUCCUCAUCUGGCCAGGUCGGCUUCGAAUCAUGUCGCGGUCGUGCCUUCCCAUUAACUCUUGCUAUUUCCUCUUCUACCCAGCUUAGCCCUAACUCAUGCCAGAAUCGUGCCUUCCUCAACUACUAGCUACACUGCUUCAUCGCUCCUGCUUACUUCAUCAUCUGAGUAUGGCCUUCCACGGAAAUAUAUUAUUCGCUAUGCUUGGUUUGGCAAACUUGAACUAUCAACAGCUCACCAACUGGAGAAUUCGAGACUGAAUAACAACAAAAUAUCAUUUUGGCACUUGAAAACUUCUUUCGCAACUCGCGGGCUAUCAUUAUCCUUGCUAGGCCUAUCUGAGAAACGAGGUUAUACUCAGGAUGGAGGACAAGGCCACCUUGCCUUCCGCCGUCCAGCCCUCAUAUCAUGGGAUUAUUGUUUCCGCAAACGACGGAAUGGUCCUUGUUGAAGCUUGCCUCCGUGGCAAUAUCGGCCUUGUAUCUCGUCGGCCCAUUAAAGAAGAAAGAGCGCAACUCCCUCGAAGAGGAAAUAUUUUUAUAUACGAGGAGAGGGAUACCGGUAUUGUACGCUGGUUAGAUGGCAUAACUUGGACACGAGACAGAAAAAGCGAUCAUUGUUUCCUGUAUCGGCAACUAACGCCCACGACGCAAAAAGGGGCUGUCGAGUUGAAACCCUCGCCGACAUCCAAAGAAGCGACGCGGUCCUCCCAGGACCAUAUAAGCGAGGCUACCAAUACGAAAAGCAAUGACGAGUUGUUUCCAAUGGACUAUGAUACGGCCAGACAUGAUACGCUGCCACAACCCAAGGCUGAUCUCGAAAAGAGUGCUAUUGGACUCUUAAUGAGCGAUGGUGACUUCGUUGACGAUCAGCUUCUUAAGAAAACGAUGCGCUUCAAAAUUGGCCCACAGACGUACCAUUUGGUUUCAUAUUACAGUGCUGGUGAUGAAGUGGGAAAAGGGAAACUUCAAAUACCUUCAAAGGACCCCAAAUUAUCUACCUUACGAAUCCGACGAGAGAUUUCUGAGAAAAUUUACGGGAUACCAGCCGGUGAUGAUAGUCGAGAUUUCAAAGCAGACGAGCUUUCUGCCGACAUGAGUUACCCACGUUCCCCGCACAAUCGCAUGGGCGAUGCUGGCAUACCUGCACUUAACACGAAUUCCAUGGGUGACGCUGACACGCCUGCACUUGACGAGUACGAUUCCAUGGGUGACGCUGGCUUGCCUGCACUUGACGAUGACAAGCCUGAAUUUGAUGAUGACAAGCUUGCAUUUGACGAUAGCAUGCUUGCAUUUGACGAUGACAAGCCUGAAUUUAACGAUGACAAGCUUGCAUUCGACGAUGGCAUGCUUGGAUUUGACGCAUACAAUCCUAUGGGCGAUGCUAGCAUACCUGCAUUUGACUCGUACAAUCCCAUGGGCAAUGCUAUUAUGCCUGCAUUUGACGCAUACAAUCCCAUGGGCUAUGCUAGCAUGCCUGCACUUGGGUAUGAUAUGAGGCCCGGAAAUUGUGAAGACCAAGACUUCGAGAUGCCUUCAACGUUUUCGCAGACACCAGACCCAAACUCAGACAGAGCACCGGAGCAAGCAUCUUUCCAGCAGGGGCCUUACCCACCUACAAACCCCUAUAUGUAGCAACAUGGUACCAUCCAAACUAUAGUCGAUAUACUGGCACUUACAGGUCCCACAGUCGGAGAAUCCCAUUCAGAUAACUGGAGCAUGAUCCAUUCGCUCGCAAAAUGCGCGAAUGCAACGGUCAAUGUUUAGAACGCGAGGGCACAGAAGGCUGGGUAAUUGGUGUUAUUGAUGAAGGCUCAGGUUGACGAGGGCACGGUCGGCGAAGGAGUGAGAAGCAGAGAGUGUGGGACGGUGGUGGAAAGGGUGAGAGGGGACCCGUUAGGAUUCUGCGGGUGUGGGCUCUGCACUACAUUGAUAAUACUCCUCUGGUCUCUUGUUCACAAAGAAUGCAAGGUAACCCGGCAAUAGGAAGAAUAGUGACCUCCCCA